CAGCAUUCAGAUUUACUGAGUUGCUAAGCGACCAGUACACAACACAACAUAUUCAGACCGGAGCAGAUGCAGGAAUGUCUUCCAAUUUCUCAGCCAACCAGUUUGAGGGGACCUUCGGAUCCAAGAGGCUGCAGAACUGGUGCAAAUCUAAAGGCUUUAAAGAGAGACCCAGUGCACACGUGGGUCACAGCUCCUUCAUUGUGGACAGCAGGGGUCACCUGCUCCCAGGGGUGAAGAAAGGCAUAACCUGGCCAGUUUUUAAGGGAACUUGGGAUUUACCGGCUCGUAUCCCAGCCCACCACAUCGACCCGACUGCCCGUUCAAAGGACGGUCUCAGGAGACUCAAGUUGUGGGGAAUCUGCCCACCAGAGGAGGGGAAAUCUCAAUCAGGCAGAGGCAGCAGGGACACAGAUAUUGGCAAGAAGGCCAGCGAGGGCGCGCCUCAGCAUGCUGCUGACCCAUCUAAAGAAGCCGAAGUCCGGUCAGCGUCUCAGAACCGCUCCGUCGCUGGCAGUGGGAGCCAGGGCUCACAGAGACGUGAGCCUGGAUCUGCUGCUCAACAAAACCUUCAAGCCACGCAGGACAAGCCAACGAGUGCAGCUGCAGCUGAAACGAGUCAGUCUAGAGUUGGCAGUGGAACCCAAGAUAUACCUGAGUCCAUAUUGCAAACACCACACAGAAUUAUAAGGUACAGCGCGGCAGGUGUCAUGAAUAAAGAGUAGCAUUAUAAAACAUGGUU